UUCGCCACUAGAUUAAAUAACAUUCAGCUUGUUGAUAUUCUUUUAAAAAAUGGUGCAGAUGUAAAUAUUAGAAAUAGAAAUGAAGAAAAACCACUUUAUAUCGCCACUAAGAGAGAAAACAUUCAACUUGUUGAUAUGCUUUUAAAAAAUGGUGCAUAUGUAAAUAUUGCAAAUAAAUAUGGAGAAACACUACUUAAUUUAGCCACUAAAUUAAAUAACAUUCAGCUUAUUGAUAUUCUUUUAAAAAAUGGUGCUGAUGUAAAUAUUGUAAAUAAAUAUAGAGAAACGCCAAUUCAUUUCGCCACUAAAUUAAAUAACAUUCAGCUUGUUGAUAUUCUUUUAAAAUAUGGUGCAGAUGUAAAUAUUGUAAAUGUAUAUGGAGAAACACCACUUCUCAUCGCCACUAAAUUAAAUAACAUUCAGCUUAUUGAUAUUCUUUUAAAAAAUGGUGCAGAUGUAAAUAUUGUAAAUAUAUAUGGACAAACACCACUUCUCAUCGCCACUGACAGUGCAAACAUUCAACUUGUUGAUAUUCUUUUAAAAAAUGGUGCAGAUGUAAAUAUUGUAAAUAAAUAUGGAGCUACACCUCUUCAUUUUGCUACUAAAAAACGGAACAUUGAAAUAGUUGAAAAUUUUUUAAAAAAUGAUGCCGAUGUAAAUACUGUAAAUGAUUAUGGAGAAACACCACUUUACAUCGCUUUUACAGAGGGGAACCUUCACCUAAUUAAUAUUCUUUUACAAAAUAGUGCUAAGCUAAAUGGACAAGAUAAAUUUAGAAAAAUAAUUCUACUAGCUGCUGAGAAAAAUGAUAUUGAACUUCUAGAAAUUCUUUUCAAACAUGCUGCCAAAAUUUAUCAACCUGAAAAAACUUAUGAAGAACGAACAAAUAAAGAACAUUUAAUGACAGCUCUUCAUUUUGCCGCUAGAAAUGGAAAUUUGAAAAUAGUUAAAUUAUUAAUGACGAAUGGAUUUGACAGAAUUGACGCUAUAAACGAAAUGGGUGAAACUCCCUUGGAUUUGUCAAUACAAUCUAAUUGUUUAAAUGUUGUAAAACACUUGAUAGAAAACGGCGCAAAAAUAAGAAGUAAACCUGUCCUUGAAGAAGCACUUCACUUUGGCAAUUUAGAAGUUUGGAAAUAUUUAUUAAUAUGCAAUUCAACAAUAAUUGCAAAAACAUGUCCAUGUGAUUCUGAACUUCAUUUAGCUGUGCGUGCCGGUCAAGUCGAAAUUGUUGAAGAAAUCAUAGAAAAAGAAGCGAGUAAAGUAAAAUCUUACGGAUCGGCAGUUUAUAUUGCUGUUGAAAAUGGAAAGGAAGAAAUUCUGAAAAUUCUACUAACAGCGGGUUUUUCAAUUGAAAAUUUUCUUGGAAUAAAUCCUCUUCAUGUGGCAGCAACAUUCGAGCAUACACGAUUAGUAGAAUUGCUCUUGAAAUUUGGUGCCAAGAUUAAUUUACAAACAGAUGAACAUAAAAUCACCCCAUUGGAUUUUGCAGCAGCUGCAGGUCAUGCAAAUAUGGUAAAAUUUCUUUUAGAUGUCGGUGCUAAUCCAAUGGUAAACAGGAUUUCGGAUUUGACUUCACUUCAUUAUGCACUACACAGAUUACCAGACAAUGCUAAUGAAACGUGUGUUACUGCUUUAAUGUUUCAAAAUUUGUUAAAAAUUACAGAAAUUUUAUUAAUCGCCGGAGUUAAUAAAAUCGACAAAGAUAAUUAUAAAAAAUUAAUAAUAAAUGCCAUUAAAUUAACAGUUUCUAGCGAUGAUGAACAGAAUUUAUCUUGUUUUAACUCAAAAGAAAUAUCAAAGGAAGGGAAUAUAAAUGACGAGAAAAAUAAUGAAAAAGGAGAAUUUCGUCCCGAAAUUAUUAGAUGCCUGCUGAAUUAUUUAAAAGAAAAUAAAGUCAAUCAAAUAUAUCUCUUUCGAGCACAAAUUAUUGGAUAACUGUACACGUGAUCGAUCAAAUUGAGGAUAUCCAUUAUCUUUUGAACUUAAGACGCUCUGCUGAAAUCAAUAUUUUAAAGAUGUAUGUUGCGCGACUAGAGCUACUUCCUUGCGAUCAACAAGCGGAGAAAAAGAAAGUCAAUUUUUAU